GGGCUCCAUUGGCCUGUGUGUGUGUAAAUCCGUUAUCUCUUUAGGCGCACUCCUUCAUUGGUUGGCGGUGACGACAAUCCCGAGACGUAGUCCCGCCCACCGAGCGGAUCAAGUUUGAAUGAACAACAGCAGUCUGAUCUGGAGCUGCUAGUUGCUUUUGCAGUAAUUAUUAAAAGUGAGUAUCAUACCAGGGCACGGAGAUCCAGGAUGGAUAUGAAGAAAAGAAUUCACCUCGAGUUGCGGAACCGCACUCCGUCAGACGUCAAAGAACUUGUUCUAGACAACUGUCGUUCAAAUGAAGGGAAGAUCGAGGGUCUGACGGAUGAAUUUGAGGAGUUGGAAUUUCUAAGCACAAUCAAUGUCGGUCUGACAACAGUCGCCCACUUGCCCAAGUUAAAUAAACUCAAAAAGCUUGAACUCAGUGACAACCGGAUCUCAGGAGGGUUGGAAGUCCUGGCAGAGAAAUGCCCCAACCUCACACAUCUCAACCUCAGCGGCAACAAGAUUAAAGACCUCAGCACAAUAGAGCCAUUGAAAGAGCUGAAGACCCUGAAAAGCCUCGAUCUGUUUAACUGUGAAGUGACAAACCUGAACGAGUACAAAGAUAACGUCUUCAAGCUGCUGCCUCAGCUCACUUAUCUGGACGGCUACGACAAGGACGACAAGGAAGCGCCCGACUCAGACGCAGAGGUGUAUGCUGAGGGGCUGGACGAUGACGAGGAUGAUGAAGAUGAUGUAGAUGAGGAGGAGUAUGAUGAAGAUGCAGCUCCAGGAGAUGAAGAGGAGGAGGAAGGAGAGGAGGAUGAAGAGGAGAACGAGGAAGAGGAGGAGGACGACCUCAGCGGAGAGGAGGAAGAAGAGGAGGACCUGAAUGACAGAGAAGUUGACGACGAGGAUGAUGAUGAGGAGCGAGGGCAGAAGAGGAAACGGGACCUGGACGAAGAAGGCGAGGAUGAUGACGAUGACUGAAGCUGCGGCUGGACUCUGGCUGUGCUCUGGCUGUGCUCUGUUUGAACUGUACCUCCCGGUCACGCCCCAGCAGCCCCGGUGUAAUCCCCCUUUCAUAUUGCAGUAGGCGAGUGUUGGUUUUUAUGUUCUUGGCCAGUCAGGUUAGAAGGGCUCGCCUGCACUGCAAAAAUAUGAUAUCUACAUGAGGUCAAAUCACUUCAGAAUUCUUGAUUUGAGUUGUAUUAACUAGUUUAGAUUGGUUUACUUAUUGGAUCUAGUUUAAUUUUUUUUAUGUAUCUGCAACUUCUUUGUUUCAAAAUACAUUUUCUGCCAUUGGGACAGUAAAAUUGCAGAUAAGAUAGACUGGUAGAUUCCAGAAGAGAAGACUGGCAGACAUCUUUUCUUAUUUCAAGAUUUAAUUAUGUCGAAACCAGUUACAAAUUACUUAAAUCAGGUUAACUAAACUAAGUCCUAAAGUAGGCUAUUAUAAACCUUUGGAUUUUGACUGUAAGAGUAAAGAAUAGAGUAGCAUACAUUUCUGAAAUAUUCCCAAAAACAUUGCUACAAAAAUGAGUAAAUGUAUCUAAAUUGGUUAAAAUCACUCAAAAAGAUUUAAUUCUGAAUACAAGUUACUUUAAGUGAUGCAGAUAUAUUUUUUGCAGUGUGGACCUGUACCUUUGAUUCUCCCGUGUCCCAGUCUUUACGGUCCACCUUUAAACUCUUUGUGGACACCAGUUUUGUAAUAUCAAAUAUUAGCAAAACCUUUUUAAGAGUUUUAGUUUGUUUUCUCACCAGUUGUGUAAGAGCAGUUUCUGAUGACUUCUGUAUUUUAAGGCUUCCCUUCAAAAAGGAAAAGUAAAGACAAAAAAAAAAGUAUAUAAGAGUGCAUGUCUAUUACAUUUCAAAGUCAACUACUGGAUUUCAUGUGCGGCUGUCUUCUCCUCGUCUUAAACUUAUUUUUGCAUUGUUUCUUUUUAAUGUAACUUAUGUGUGUAGUGUCACCAGUAUGCCAACACUGCAAAAACCACUAUCUACACAGGUUUAGAUGACUUUUUCUAGUUUUGAGUAGUUUUAAAAAGCCAAAAUUGAUUUAUUACUUUAUUUUGACACUAUUCAAAACUGGUUUCAAUAUAAUUUGUCUUAUUUAAAGGAAUAAUCAUCAUCUGUGGAGAUUGAGGUUUACAUACAUGAGUCUAUUUUCAUCUACUUUUUAAUUAGAUCCAAAUUAACAGUUUGGAUCCACAAUAAUGCAUUUUAUACUUACAUUUUUUUCAAGUAGCAGCCAUAAAGAGGAGCUACUUGCGUUGUCUGCUCAGUAUUUAAACUUAGAAUACUUGACUUGUUUUACUUUAUCAAUUUAAACUAGUUGGAACUACUCAAAUUUUUCCGUUUUGAGAUUGCAGUCAUGUUAACCUGCCGUAGUCGUUUGUUUUUGCAGUGCAUGCUCUGCUGUCCUGGUGUGAAUCUUGUACUCUACCCUCACAGGGCGUAUUUUUAGGAAUGUCUGCCCUUAUCGAAGCCCCUCCCCCUCUCCGCCCUCAGCUUUGAUAGUUCGGGAAUUACGUGUUCUUGUAAAUAAUGACCAAAUCUAUUUUUUUGUAUUCUCUUUGAUGACGGCAGACAUUUUAACACCACAACUGAGGUCGAACUUGGAAUUGUAAUAUGAUGUUAAAUAUGUAUGCUGCUUUAUCUACUAUACGCAGUGUGACAUUUCUGGAAUUUGAGAAGAACUUUGUAUGCAUUAUGUUUCCAUGACGACGACAUGCUCAGCGUUAGACUCUCGUACUUGUUUUCCUCAUGUUUUUCCCCGACACACCCGUGACAUUGUUUGUUUGAAGUUGUGGUAGUGUAGAGGAGAUAGGAAAGGAGGUUACAAAGGCAGCAUUUGAAAAAUUUAUUGUUUCAAAGUGUAAUCUCUGGAAAAAUUGUCAGUUAUUGGGAAUAUGUUUUCACUCUUCUAUGUAAUGGUCAGAUUGGCCUACCUCAGUGACUUUACACUCUGUUCAACCCACUGUCAUUAGUCCAAAUGAUGUUUCUUUUCCCUCGCAUUCACUUCAAUAAAUCCCUUUUAUAUAUGAA